AUGGCUGCUGGUUCUGGACCGUCUUUCCUGCGUUGGAUCCUUGUCCUCCUACCAGUCUCAGCCAGGUGUUCGGUGUCGGCGUUCAAGGUGAUGGAAGGUGCUACUGCGACAUUGUCCUGCCAAUAUUCAGUGGGCCAUUUGGGUUUGAGCGGUGUGUGUUGGGGCCGAGAAUGUGGCACGUUUUGGUGCAAUAACAUCCUCGUGCAGACAGACAAAAAUGGGGUCAUCUCCAAGGUUUCGGACAGAUACAGAAUGACAGGUGAUGUCCUCGCGGGAGAAAUGGAUCUUGGAAUUCUCGACGUCAAGCAGACGGACAGCGGGCCAUACUGUUGCAGAGUGGACAUAGACGGCAUUUUCAACGACAAAAAAGUAAUCCAAAACUUGAGGGUCAUGAAAGCUGCUCCAGUAACCAUUAUGCCAACAACCACAGAAGCUAACCCUGCCACAGACCACUGGAAAGCUGUUGAGUCCUCACACAUAGCCAUUCCAAGACAGAACACCAGUGCUUUGCAUUCUGUAACACUGGUGGAUGACCCUUUCCCCAGCCUCUCUCUCCAGAUCAACGUCCCGGUGCUCUCUCUCUCCCUCAGUCUACUCCUACUCAUAGCGGGGGCAUUGGUCAUACUGGGGUUCAAACGUAUGUACCACAAACUCACAUCCUCUGUAGAAAAGCCCAGUGUGCCAAUGAUCACUUAUUCAGACAUCUUGCUUUUGUCAGCCAAGGAGCCGCCCCACAUCAUCUAUGCGAUUCGCAUGAGGAGACCUGUGGAGGAGAACAUCUGUACUCUGGACUAG